CGCGGCGUAAUCCGCGAGGUAGUUUCGCGAGGAGAAGGAAGGUAAAAGAAACCGGGUAUCGGGUCGCAUCUGGCAUUUGCAAUCAACACUCGCAUGGUUCCAGUGACGUCACGUCCGGUCAUCUGCCGAAUAAGCAGAAACCGCGUAACCAGACUCUAUCUACGGGAAAUGAUUUCGAAAAAGGAGCGGUCAACGGAGAGCACGUGUCGUGCAAAACGAACACGGAGAUUUGGUUAAAUUUUGUGAUCUAAUUAAAAUUAGUAAUCUAUUUUAUAUUUUUAACGGAUAUAUAUUCGUAUAUAUUCUACAUACAGAAAUUAAUAUUAAUCAAUAUUAAUUAUUAUAAUUUUAUAUAAUUUUAUAUAAUUUUAUAAUUUUAUAUAAAAAUAUUUUAUUUUUUUUAUCUAAUACAAUAAUUGAUUGUAAAUCUAAUUCAUUUUAAUAUUUUUUAAAUUCCUAAAUACAUAGACAAAAAAAAUCAGAAUAAUGAUGAUAGAAUGUCCUAUAACCUAUCUUUUAACAUUUUACAAACGUUCAAAACUCAAAAUUAAAUCGCGUACACAAAGAAAGUAGUGCAACUAACGAUCAGAGAGCGGUAUAAAAUUGGUGAAUCAAGGCAGACCAAAGGGUUGAGAACAAACAUCGUUAAUUUGCACGCAGAAUCCCGCUGGUUGAGGCCGGAAGGUCAACAUUAACCACGGUAUAUAUAUAUGCUCGUCAAACACUUUGCACUGGACCGUAUAAUUUGGAUUCGUAGUACACGAAGUUUCGGUUGUUCGUGCUACUCUGCGCCCUUUCAGCCGACCUAAUUGUCUAAUUGGCAAAUAAAUCCCAUUGUUUUCCAAUAAUCAGAUCGCUUGUAGCAAACUUCUCAGAAGAUAGUCAUAUGAUCGACACGAAAAAGGGCGAGUCCAACUUCAAUUUUGACGGAUCCAUAUUUAAAGUGAAAUAAUUGUGGCAAAAAAUCCUCUAAAAUGAAAGGUUGUAUGUUUAAUAUCGAUGCAGGAUAUUUGGAGGGUCUUUGCCGUGGAUUUAAAUGUGGAAUUCUUCAACAAAGUGAUUAUCUUAAUCUUGUACAAUGCGAAACUCUUGAAGAUUUAAAACUACAUUUGGCUGGUACAGAUUAUGGUAGUUUCUUAGCUAAUGAACCAUCACCACUUUCUGUCAGUGUGAUUGAUGAUAAAUUGAGAGAAAAACUUGUUAUAGAAUUUCAACACAUGCGUAAUCAUUCUGUAGAGCCUUUAUCACAAUUUUUAGAUUUUAUUACUUAUAGUUAUAUGAUUGAUAAUAUUAUCUUACUAAUUACUGGUACUUUGCAUCAAAGACCAAUUUCAGAAUUAAUUCCUAAAUGUCAUCCGCUUGGUAGUUUUGAACAAAUGGAAGCUAUUCAUGUAGCAGCUACACCUGCUGAACUUUAUAAUGCAGUUUUAGUGGAUACUCCUUUAGCACCUUUUUUUGUGGAUUGCAUUUCUGAACAAGAUUUGGAUGAAAUGAAUAUUGAGAUAAUCAGAAAUACAUUAUAUAAAGCUUAUUUAGAAGCAUUUUAUAAAUUUUGUAAAGAUAUUGGAGGAACAACUGCAGAUACCAUGUGUGAAAUACUUGCGUUUGAAGCUGAUAGACGAGCUAUUAUAAUAACUAUCAAUUCAUUUGGAACUGAAUUAGGUAAAGAUGACAGAGCAAAAUUGUAUCCCCGUUGUGGAAAAUUGAAUCCUGAUGGAUUAGCUGCAUUGGCAAGGGCAGAUGAUUACGAACAAGUCAAAGCAGUUGCAGAAUAUUUUGCUGAAUAUAGUGCUUUGUUUGAAGGUGCAGGUAAUAAUCCUGGUGAUAAAACUUUAGAAGAUAAAUUCUUUGAGCAUGAGGUUCGUCUAAAUGUUCAUGCUUUUCUUCAACAAUUUCACUUUGGAGUAUUCUACAGUUAUCUUAAAUUAAAAGAACAAGAAUGUCGUAAUAUCGUAUGGAUAGCGGAAUGUGUUGCGCAAAAACAUCGUGCUAAAAUAGACAAUUACAUUCCAAUUUUUUAAUAAGUUUCCAUUUUGUUGAUCAUUAAUUUUGUUGUAUAAUAUCACGAAAAAACUAAAUUUUUCUUUUUUUUCUUUCAUUAUCACAUUUUUUAACUAUGAACAAUUAAUAAUUACAGUAUUUCAUGUUAUGAAAAAAAGAAAAAUAUUUCUCAAAGAAAACAUAUAAUUAUCUAAUAAUUGAAAUAAAAAUGAUUAUAUUUAGCCAAUUGGACAGAUGAUAUUAAAAAUUAUUAUUUAAUAUUAUUGUCAUAUGUAAUAAGAGUUUAUAUCAUAUAAAUGUAUAUAGUGUAUUUUAUUGUAGAUCAGUAUAUUAUGUUUGAUAUUAAUUGAUGUUGUAAUUAUCAAUUCUAUUGUAAUAUAAAAUAAUAUAUAAUGCAUUCCAAUUUCAAAUUAAAGAUACUCACUUUAAAUAAUAAUAUCUUAUAUUAAAUUGA